AUGCAGCGCAUGAUUGAGAAUGGAGAGUUCCUGGAACAUGCUUCAUUUGGUGGUAAUACUUACGGAACAAGUAAAAAAGCGGUAAAAGACGUGGAAUGUACGGGAAAAAUUUGUGUGCUGGACAUUGAGCUGCAAGGCGUACUCAGUAUCAAAAAGUCGAAUCUCAACGCUCGCUUCAUACUCAUCCGUCCACCGAGUUUGGAAAUCUUGGUGAGCGAGCUCAUAUUGAGCGACCUUAUUUUUUGCGAGGCUUUGGAGCUUUCCCUUGGAAUGAAUGCUUUCUUUGAGCCAUUUUUUGACUAUGGUUACGAAAAACGUCUCCGUGAUCGCGGUACUGAGAAGGAGGAAGAUAUAGAAAAACGGCUCAAACAUGCUAGAGAAGACCUGAAAGCUUCCGAACAAAAUCCCGAUCUUUUUGACCUAGUCAUCAUCAACGAUGACCUUGAAACUGCCUACAAACAAUUUAUCGCUGCGAUAGAGGACGAUCUCAUGUCGAUCUCAUCGGCUUAG